UAAAGUAACAACAGAAGAGGAUAUGUCAGUGACUGAUCAUUUUCAUGGAAGCUUGGGAGAAUCAAAUCACAAAUGUCAGCAGGGAAAUAGUGAUAUUGCUACUCAAGGCAGCACAUGUAUGUCUUUGACUGGUCAUUACAAUUCCAACUUGGGAACAGCAAGCCACAAGGAAUGUACCAAUACUACCAUACACAUUUGUAGUGGAGAGAUACCUUCUUCCAAUGGCUUUGCAGUUCAUGAAGGAUUUGAUAAAGAUAAGAAUGUAAACGGCGAUGACUUUCAGAUGGGAAGUCAUCUGUUAUCUAACUCUAAGGAUACUUCUAAUAGCCAUUUUGACGGUGAUGUUUCCACAACCAUUACAAACCUUACAGAAAACACCUCAGAAAAAGAAAACCUAUUAGAUGUUACCACAAUGUUUUCUCAUGAGAAUGCUGGAGAAAAAAGCGCCCGUUGUGAUGCCAUGAUCACUCCUGUUAGCCAUGAAAUGCCAAUGGGAUGCCAUGUUGUACCCAAUGAGCCAAGUUGCAAUGUGAUGGACCAAACAGUUCCAGAUGAGGAUGCUGAACCACUCCAUUAUAACAGGGACCACACUGUAGAGGGAGUACCAGAUUCAGUAUCAGACACUGGCACACUUUAUGAAACAUCUCACUGUCAUGAUGGGAAGUCAGGCAGCUUAUUCCACUGGUCCCAUCAGAAUAUUUCAUACACAGAACAGUUGGUUCCAACCAAAGCAGACAAGUCUAUGACAGAGUCAACAACGUGUGGUGUCUUGGGUGUGUCCCCCUUAAAAACAUGCUCUCGGCCAAUCCGAGUCGGCCUAUCUCGCAGGCAGAGGGUACGAAAACUUCACCCCUACAGCAAACCUAAAGAGUAGAAAUAUGUGGUGAGUUUUAAGAAUGUUGCCUUUUGGCAUAGCUUUGUAAAACAUCUAAUAGAGAUAUGUUAUGAAUUUGUUGUGAACUUGGCAGAAAAGUGUCAACAUUUUUGUGACCGAAGGAUAGGUUCCCAAAAGGUUAAUGUGGGGACUUUCAGACCUUUUGUCUGACAAGUCUUUUUUGGAUAUUGGAUUCCUCUUGUCCACACCAUUAGAUUGAAAAAAUGUUGAUAUUGGGAACAGGAAAAAAACUUGAUUUUUCAUAUUGUUGCAGCAGUUAGAAGAUAGCUGAACAUUGGGUUUAUAAGUGUAUGUACAUUUAUGAUGGAGUAAAUUUCAAACUUGUUGCCAUUGAUGUAAAUAAAUUUUAUUUAGUUAUAUUGUA